AUGACCUCACUCGCGGGCGCCCAAUCCCAUCAAGCGCAGGGCGCUAGGCGGCUCAAGCGAACAGUCACAUCCGGGGCCCAGAGGAAUCUCGAGCGAGCUGGGCGUGCGCCCUUGCUUCGUGCCCUCAACCCGCAUGGCGGAGCCACGGGCGCGCCGCGGCGAGGCCGGGCGAGUCGGACGGUUCCUGCGCCCUCUCUGAGCCGCGGGGGAGGGGCGGGGGACGCCUGUGCGGCCGCCGGCUCUGGGUCCGCGGGGGCCGGGGGCCGGCUGCCAAGCCGGGUGCUGGAGUUGGUGUUCUCCUACCUGGAGCUGUCCGAGCUGCGGAGCUGCGCCCUAGUGUGCAAGCACUGGUACCGCUGCCUGCACGGCGAUGAGAACAGCGAGGUGUGGCGGAGCCUGUGCGCCCGCAGCCUGGCAGAAGAGGCUCUGCGCACGGACAUCCUCUGCAACCUGCCCAGCUACAAGGCCAAGGUACGUGCUUUCCAACAUGCCUUCAGCACUAAUGACUGCUCCAGGAAUGUCUACAUUAAGAAGAAUGGCUUUACUUUACAUCGAAACCCCAUUGCUCAGAGCACUGAUGGUGCAAGGACCAAGAUUGGUUUCAGUGAGGGCCGCCAUGCAUGGGAAGUGUGGUGGGAGGGCCCCCUGGGCACUGUGGCAGUGAUUGGAAUUGCCACAAAACGAGCCCCCAUGCAGUGCCAAGGUUAUGUGGCAUUGCUAGGCAGUGACGACCAGAGCUGGGGCUGGAAUCUGGUGGACAAUAAUCUACUACAUAAUGGGGAAGUCAAUGGCAGUUUUCCACAGUGCAACAAUGCACCAAAAUAUCAGAUAGGAGAAAGAAUUCGAGUCAUCUUGGACAUGGAAGAUAAGACUUUAGCUUUUGAACGUGGAUAUGAGUUCCUGGGGGUUGCCUUUAGAGGACUUCCAAAGGUUUGCUUAUAUCCAGCAGUUUCUGCUGUAUAUGGCAACACAGAAGUGACUUUGGUUUACCUUGGAAAACCUUUGGAUGGAUGACAGUGGCUUUCUUGGGAUGAAUGACAGAGUGAAGGAGAGAUCUGCUUGUGGAAAGUAGAAUCAUGAAGUGACAGUGUCAUAUGUGCAUGUCCAAGAAACAUCCUGAAAAACACCUGAAAUUGUAAACUGGAGCAGCAACUCUACAGCAGAGAUUAUCUUAGUGUUUUCUCUUUCUACUGAGUCAGAAAAAUCCUCAGGGUUGCAUUGGUUGAGUGGCCAGUUGACAUGUGCAUAUUGCAACAGAUUUUGUCUCUAAGUUAGCAAUGUGUUAUUUCCAACUUCAGAGGUGAGAUUUUAGAGAUGCUGUAAAAGGGAUAAGAUAAGCAAAUAGUGAGAUUUUUUAAAGUACUAUGUUUGUGAAGAGAGAUUGAUCCCAUCAUACAACUGCCUGUUCUUUCUCCAGUCCCUUUUUUUCCCAGCCAGCUUGACUAUUAGAAAAGUAUGAAACUGGUUGGGGUUUAUUUAAUAUUUUUAAUAUAUUGAGAAGCAUGGUCUGCCUGGACUGCACUUCUCUAACAGUGAGAUGUAAAAUUGUGCAGCUAUUUUAAAAGUUGUAUAUACAAUAUGUGUGUAAAAAAACUGAAAAAAAAAAAAAAAGACAAAGCGGUUGCUUUGUUCUAGUUCAAUUUCUUAAAAACCACUACAUGGUACAAAAUUAGAAUUACAUUUGGGGACAAUUGGGUAACUACAAAGAAGAGGAGAUGAGUUAUAUUGGCUCAUUUUGUAUUAUUUUUGGCUUACAGUUCCCAUAGCUGUUAGAGUCUGUUAUUGGUUUUUGGUUUUUUUCUGGGUUUUUUUAAUUGUUUUUUUCUGACCAAAAUUAUAGUAAAGAUCCCUCAGUCUCCUGGCUAAAGAUUGGGGGAAGGAAAAUCUGUUUCUAAUUAUACAUAUAUCAAUAAGGAUGAUCUAAACAUAAUGUAACGUGCAUCUUUUGGUAUCUGGUUUUAUUUUUUUGCCUUCUGAGAAAGUGUCUCAUAACACAGAAAAUUGCCAUUUGCUCUUAUAAGCCUCAAAUAUGAAAGCUAUUAGUCAUGGACUCUAGGAAAAGAAUUGAUUAAUGGUCCUUUUAUUUAGUAACUUUAUAAUGCUAUAGAUAUUAUCAAAAAUGUUUUUAAUUUCAUAUUGUUUACAUCACGCAACAAUCUAACCCUCUAGCUCUUCAUUGGGGCUAUCAAGAAAAUGUUUACUUACCCACCUGAAACAGGUUAAGAUAUUCUUAAUCUUAUUAUAGAUAAUUGCCCCCAUGGGACUUGAAAAUAACACCUUGUGCUGAAAACUUUAGGUUGGCAAUAUUUUGAAGGUUUUAUUGUAGAAGAGUUUAACAUGAAUUCCUAUUUUGACUGAUAAAUCUUAUUUCUCUUUACUGAUACUCUUUUAAAUUAAUACUCCAACACACGAGGUGAUAUUUCCUUUUGUUAGAAGAGAAACAAACUCAUCUUUCUACAUGAAAGUAUGAAUUGUAUGGUUUCGGAUACGUAAGAAUCAAUGAAGCAGGUGAAAUCAUUGUACUUUUUAGGUUAUUGCUAUUUUUUUUUUCUUUUAAUCUAAUAAAAUUAGGGACAGCAAGCAGCUGGCUGGGUUUCUUGGGUUGUUCCUUGAGAGUUAAAAUUAUUAAUACUCCUAUGAAGCAGGGGAUUUCAGCCAUAGAACAAAGAUUUAGUGUUGCCACCUGAAAAGUUUACAAAUAUUUAUUGUGUAUUUGAUAUGUUGCUUGAAAAGGUGAAAUUUGUUAAGGAUUUUUUCUAUAUCCAUGUCAAAAAGAAAUUUCCUUGUACAGAAUAAAAUUAUAUAUUAAAUGUAUUAGAGAAUAUAGCUGAUACAGAAAUUGAAUUUUCUUGGUAUAGAACAACUUGAUUUGGCAAAGUUUAAAAUUUGGUUAAAGGCGAAAACUGGAUUGGGAUGAUAAAGUCCUUUAAGUACUUGUUCAGAUUGUGAUAUGGCCAAUUCCAAGAGCCUUUGCUGAGAGUUUUGUUUAUAACUUCUGUUUUUGUCUUGUUAGUAAACAUUCAUUUGCAACAAAGUUUUGAAGGUGCUGAAUGGAAAACAGAAACACAUUAUUACCCAUUAAACCUGGAAUCAAAUAUUGCCUAAAUAUUUAGUGACAAGCCAUUCUGAUCUCAAAGAUUUAAGUUCUCUAAUAUCCCAUUUGCAAACUUUGUAAAAUGGAGGUUCAUGGUUAGCAUGAGUAUCUGGGGAAUGAAGAGCCUUCAUUUAUAACCUGAUAAAUUUGUUACUAGAGACCAAUAGUAGUGUACAGAAUAUUAAAACAAACUGCUACAUUGUUCAAGGAAAUGGAGUCUUUUUCAUUGGUGCUGAGCACAUUUAGGUAGAAGACAGUUGCACUUGAAGAUUGAGUAUAAAUCAUCUAAACCAGUGGUCCUCAAUGUUGGCUGUCCUUUGGAGUCAGUUUGAAGUGUGUUUUAAAAAGUGUUGAUGCUUGGGUCCCAUACCCGAAGAUUCUGAUAUUUGUCUAGGAUAUGACCUGGCCAUAAGGAUUUUUUUAAACUUUCUGGUGAUUUCAGUAUGCUGCCAAGGUUGAGAACCAUUUAUCUAAAAUUCACCUUGAGUUUUCUCAUCUGCAAAAUGGAAAAAAAAACCUUGCUCCCUCCCUUCACUACCUCACAAGGAUAUUGAUGGUAAAGGAGAAAAUAACGGGAAAGUGCUUGUGCUAAGGAUGAAAAGUGCUAUUAAAAGGUAAAGUAGUAUUUGUUGUGUUUCAACUGAAACUCUGAUCAGGAAAAAAUGUGUAAUUGAAUUUGUUGAUUUGGGAUACUUGAGAGCACUUUCUUUGGUUCUUUAAUGAAGCAUGCAGAUGUGGAAGCAAACAUUACUGUUACUGUUAUUCAUACUGUGGUCUUCUGUCAUACUCAAGAUAGGCUGUUUUCAUUACCUGGUUUUACAUAGAAAAGAAAUAUUAAGGCUUAAAGUCUGUAAUGGUCAAUGGCUCAUAAUUCAUUAAAACUUUUCAUACAAUGAAUUCUGUGGUUAAUAGGUAUCAUUUCAUAAUUGCCAUUAUUUUUUCAAUAUUUGACUUUUGAAUGUUAAGCCAUUUAUUUCAUCUCCUUCAUUCGUAUUCAUAUAAGUUUAGAUACAGACUUGAUAAAGCAUGUAAAGCAAGUAGGUUUUGUCCAGUUGAAUAUUUGAAAUCAUGGGUCAAUGACUAGACAUAGCUGCCAUUUAGAUGUGAUUUGACUGGAGAAAGUUUAAAAAAAAACAGAGCCCUAAACCAUAUAGAAACUAUUAUAAUUAAAUUUUAACUUGUCCUCAAACUGUUGUUUAUAUAAACUGCAGUAUUGAUUUUUUUUAUCAUUUUAAGAAAUGAGCAGUUCGAAGAAAUAGAAACUUAAGGAGUUUUAAAGAGUUGAAAAGAUUACUUUUCAUAUAUUAAGACUACCACAAUUGGGACUGUGGGAGGCAGGAUCACUUUGAAGCCUUUAUUAGGAGGAAAAGCCCAUACCCAACCCAAAUGCUAUCCUCAUAAAAAAUUCCUCAGUUCCUCUAACUGAAUGUAAUCUCUCUUUCCUUGAAGUUUUUUUAGUUUUAUUUUCCUUAGCUUUAUCUGUAGUUACCUCAUGCUGUAUUACUUUAUACCUUAUAUAAAAUUAUUUAUAUUUUCGAUUAUUGGUAUCUUAUCUCCCCUAAACUAGGACAGAAUCUCUGAUGGACUCAUCUUUGUGCAUACAUCAUCUAAGCUCAAUAGACAGGUGCUCACAUAUUUGCUGCAGGAACAGAUAAAGAACUAUGUAGAAAGACAAAGCUUCUCUGAAGUUACAGACUAUAGUAGCAAAAGACAGAUGAGAAAGUAAUUCUGUGUCCUAGUCCAAGUGAAGCAGGAUGGAAGGGGAUGCAGAUCUGAGGCUGGUAAGGAAGAAAUAAAUACUGUGAAUGCAUUUUAGCCAUUCCCCUUAAUAAAUAUUGGUAAACUCUGAUUUUUAGUUCUUGGUGUAGAUUUCAUAUUUGUUUAGAAUUAAAAUUAGAAUUCUGUUUCUUAUUUUUUUGGAAUUCUGUUGUUUUGCCUUAGUUUCUUAAUAAAAAGUUAAAACAAA